CAAGGAGAGUAUACAGAGAAGGAGUGCUAGAUCCCUAUCUUCCAAUGUAUUCCCUAAAAUGUGACGUCAUGCUGAUGCCUUUCGCAUCUCUUUUGUUUUCUGUGAUCAUGCCGUGAUCCUAUUGGUCGAAAUAAUACACAAAACAUAAACAAACAUGGCUGAAAUAUUUAGCAAACGCGCGCUAAUGUUACAUCUUUCAAAGCUUUCCAAGGUUUCUUUGUGUGAUUUGAGUGAUUUGUGAGAAAUUGUUCAUGUUUUUUAUUUAUGAGUGAUCACUCAUCAGCUAUCAACCAUCAAAUUACAGAUUAUAGAAAGAGGAAAGAGACUUUGGAAGCCUCCUAACCAUUGUGAAUUUGAGUGCAUACAGAGAAUUUUUACAGCCUGUGAAGUACUUUGCAAAGAACAACUUCAUUUUGUAUAUUUCUCACAGAUUAACCAAUAAAAUGCCUGGAAUGAGUGGAAUGUGCUGUGCUGUUUAUGGCCUAUUCCAAAACUGCAGGUGCUGGUAUUAUUUUUCAUAGAUUUCCUGGUUUUGUUACCAUCAGACAAGAAUGGAUAACCAGAUGUAGCAGUAAAACAACGUUCAAUCCAGAUUCAAGUAGAAUGUGUUCUUGUUAUUUCACAAUAGAAGAUUAUGAAAGAGACUUGAAGAAUGAAUUAUUAGGUUCACCCUUGAAGAGGAUUUUGAAAAAAACUGCGAUUCCCACACUGGAACUGGCAGAAAUUCAAGAAAACUAUGAUGCAGGGCAGACACAAGACCAUUCAGAAAAAUUAUUGGAAGUAGUCUGAAAUGAUACUGGCCAAGAACAAAUACAUCAAGUCCAUUAAAGUCCAAUCAUCAUCAAAUGUGAACAGAAUUUCAUCAACUUUAUACUAUCUAGGUUAUAGACAAUUUGGGGAAAAGUACAAGAAUAUGGAAACAAUGAUUCAAUGCCAGAAGAUACAAAUAGAAAAGAUACAUCUUUAAUGAAGCUCUUGACAUAAGUCAGCACUUGAAAAUUUGUAAAAAGGAAAGUUACUCUAUAUGAAAAAUCAGUAUUUUUAUUUUUCACAAGUCAAAACAUUACUUAGUUUCAGAUUAGCAAUGCAGCUAUUGAACAAAAUCUGGCAGAU